GCGUCGCGAGAGCGGGUGCUGCGGUAGGAGGUCGGUGGAGAAGGACGGAGUGAGAGCUGCUUCGCUCCCACUGCCCCCUUCCUUCUGCUUUCAGCCCCGGCCGUGGUUAGGAGGAUGCCGCGCUCUGGGCCGCUCCCCGCCGCCUUUUCACUGCUGCUGGCGACGGCCGCGCUCCUGCCGGGACCCGCCGCGGCGCAGAACGAGCCCAGGAUCAAUGCCAGCGAGGAUGUAGUCAUUCAUCUGUAUGGUCCGGCUGUCACAUUGCAGUGUAACCUCACCACAAGUCCCAGCCCCCUUUCUGCCAGUUACUGGGUGAAGAACGGAGAGGAGAUCCCUGGCACUAGAAAAUCUUCAAACACUACAGAAUACAAGAUUUUGAAGCCCAGAGCAGAAGAGUCAGGGGAAUACUUGUGCGUGUUUGUGUUUUCAAACUCUCCUAUAGCCAACGCCACUAUAGAAGUGAGAGCUACUCCUGACAUCACUGGCCACAAGCGAAGUGAAAAUAAGAAUGAGGGGCAGGAGGCACUCAUGUAUUGCAAGUCUGUGGGCUUCCCACAUCCUGAGUGGGUCUGGCGCAAGAAGGUCAAUGGAGUAUUUGAGGACAUCAACAACUCCUCUGGAAGAUUCUUUAUUUCAAACAAAGAUAACUACACUGAGCUCAGCAUCACAAACCUACAGAUAAAUGAAGAUCCUGGCGAGUACCAGUGCAAUGCGACCAACCAGGUCGGCUCUGUCUCAGUCACAACCAUCCUCCGCGUCCGCAGCCACUUGGCUCCCCUCUGGCCCUUUCUGGGGAUCUUGGCAGAGAUCGUUAUCCUCGUUGUCAUCAUAGUUAUUUAUGAGAAAAGGAAGCGGCCAGAUGAAGUCCCAGACGAUGAUGAACCAGCUGGGCCAAUGAAAACCAAUUCUACAAACAAUCAUAAAGAUAAAAACUUACGCCAGAGAAACACAAACUAAAAAUGCUUAUCAUAGCUUUAAGUUUCUGAGAGACUGAUGGCAAUAUGACCUGCUAAAUUUAAGGGUUGGAACUCUUGGUUCUAGAACUCCAGUUCUGUCCGAUUUACUUUAUUUUCCUUUUCAAGUGAGCAACAAUAUGACUGUCUAAAGCAUGCCUUAUUUAGCCUCUCCUGUAAGGAUGACCUAGCCAGAUAAGUUUUAAUAAUGCUUCAGUGUAGAAGGCGUAAACUAUUUUGGGCUUGAUGUGCUGUGAAUGUUACUUCUUUUUUUUCCCCCCCUGACUAUUUAAACAUUAGAAGUAGUGUCAGUCUGUUCACGCAUGCGCCGUUUUAUACCUCCUGUCGCUGUUAAAAUUGGCAAAGCUCUAAAACGCACUGCUGCCAUCUCGUGAUUCUUUUUGUAAAGUACAGCAAAAGUUAAUAAACAUAUACGGUAUAUAUUUAUAUUUGGGGGAGGGGGGAAACCAAAUACAGUACUUGUGUUUCAUUUUUAAGCUGCUGAUAUUCAUUCCUUACUGUAUGUCUGAAAGAUGAGAGAAUUGUACUGUUCUGGGACUUAGAGAAAUAAUACAAAUCGAAAUUAUCUCAAGGGCUUAACCUAUGGAGAGACUGAGGUGUCAUCAGACUUCAAAGGCUGGAACGGUUGGACGUGGUAGUGGAAUGCAGUUGAAAACAAAAACAAACCUUUAGUUUAUAAAUAUAUAUAUAUAUGAUUGCUUUUUAAGUGAUUUUUUUUCUCUUUUGUUAACUCACGUAAAUUCUCAAAUCCUUUUGCACUGAUGUGUUCAACAUAUUCUUGUACAUUCAAUUCAGGCAAACUUUUAUAAGUUUUUCUCUUUUUUUGGUUUUGUUUAAAUGAUGAAAUGUUACAGCAUGGUGAUAUUCUAUGCAAUUAGUUACACUCUUUAGUUUGACACUGUAAUUUCCAUGAUUUAAAGAUUGUAGAAAUAGACCUAACAGGGUUCUCAUGAUGUGUGUAACUGUAGAUGCAUGAACUUGUGUUCUGUGUAUUUGUUGAAGUGCAAUGAUGUAUAAAAAGUGGAUUCACCUGUUUUUAAAAAUAAAACACUGACCAAAA